AUAAGCGUCGCAACGGCGAACCGCUGAUAUAAUGUGCUGAUUGUUGGUAUUCCGAAUUUGCCGUCGCCGAAUCUUCGUGGCAACCGUGCCAAUCAUCCGCGUUUCUCCGACCAGGGCCCGGGUCCGACUUUCGACACCCUUUCGAUUGAGGGAAUUCGCGAAAUUCGUCGCCAAGAUUUGUGUUUACAACAGAGAUAAAAUAUGACAGGUAUAAUGGGGCCGUUUGGGACGCUGGCCAUCGAGAAGAAAAAUUCGACGUACAAAGUGCCACUUAACAAUAGAAUUACUUGGAUUGGCAGUGACUCAAGUAACUGUGACAUUCGCAUCCACAAGCCUGAUGUAUUGCCUCAACACUGUGCCAUCCAGUGCAACGAGUUCAAAGGAGUGAAAACAUUUUCACUACAAUGCAACGGCGAGGUGAGCCUGAACGGAAACAAGGUGUCAGGACUGCAGCCACUUACAGACAAUGACUCAAUUGUUGUGGUAGACCGUUUGCUGGUUUGGGGCGCUCCGGGCAGUGGGGCUCCGGCGCCCGCCACUCCACAAGCUCGCAAGUCGAUGCCUGCCAAGAAGGACUCACCCACCAAGAAACUAAAGAGGCCUUUGAAGAGACUCAGCGUGCCCUUCCCUGCCGACAAGGAGGGCAAGAAAGGAAGGAAGAGCAUGCCAAAGACCGCAGCCAUGAUGUUCCUGAUGGCCAGGAGGUCCCUUGGAGGAAGCGCAAUCAGGCAUACAGGCCUGAAAACUCCCGCCAAGACAAAGACACCCAAGAGUUCAAGGUUGACUGUCAAACGUCCUGCUGCAGACCAGGCUGAUUCCACUCCUAAAUCGGCGGUUGAGGGUACUCCUGCUAGAACGUCAAGACCUCCUAAAACGCCGAAAACCGCCACAAAAAUUGCGCCAUCAACUCCCCAUACUCCUGCCAAAACUCCAAAGGCCUCCAAAACCCCAAAGCCAACUCCAGCAAAAACCCCCAGAGCCGUAAAGAAUAUUACCAGUCCUCAGGUGACCCCAGCCAAAAAAGCCAGUCCAGCAAAGAGUGCCUCUCUUGGAAAAACACCGAGACCUGCUGAGGCAACCCCAGUGAAAACACCAAAACCUGCAAAAAGUCCUGUCAAAGCUGCUGACCAGUGGGUUUCUGGUUUUAAUACAGUGUCCCAAAUUCCAUCAUUGAUCAAUCAGCUAAAGUCUGCUAAGAAGGCAACGCCUACCAAGACUCCCAAGGUCAAAGCAACCCCUAAGGCCAAGACUCCCAAGUUUUCGCCAGCCAAGAAGACUCCUUCUCCUAAAAAGCAACUUAAUGUUGCCUCUGCUAAGAAGUCACCUACUAAAACUCCAGCUUUUACUUAUGCGGAACCAAUUCCUGUGUCCCUGCGAAAAGCAGCAAUAUUAAAUGAGGCAUCAAAAGAAAUGACCCAGUUUGAGUUUGGCAGUCCUCUCCCCAAGAGCGGCACCAAGAAAACGACUCCCAAGAAGAAGGGAACUCCUCAAAAGGUUAUCCCUGAAACGCCUGAAGCUAAACCUACAUCGCUAAAAGCAGUGACACCAUCGCCAAAGAAGUCUGUUGCAACUAAGAGAACUGGAACGCCCAUUUCCAAAAAGCCUGGCACUCCUACGCCAAGGAAAAAAAGCCCAACAUCUACUACCAAGCUGUUGGCGUCUUCUGCCAAGAACGUGCUUACCCCUGUAGCUGAGAAUAUACAAACUCCAGAGAAGGCCACUCCAAAGGACAAGAAAGCUGCUGCCACGCCCAAGGAAACACCAUUCAAGACCCCCUCUGCCAAGGCCACCAAGGUGAACGCAUCUCUGAGCGAAACUCUGGUUUCAACUCCAAGCAGCACCCGGUCUUCUAGGCGAGGCACCGUUAAUGACUCGGUGUUAAAUGCCUCAACGACCGCCACCAUCUCUUCGUUGCCCGACCUGAGUAGCAGUAGCACUCACUCCACUGGCCGCCGCAAUUCUGGCUUAAUCAUAGGCGUUGACCUUUUCCCAGGAAUCAACACCCCCACUCUGAAGAAAGUGCGCAACAUUUUCCACCAACAAGCUGAGCCCGCCAGCCCGAGGUUAACGGGUGUCAAGGAGAUGUUUGCUGACAAGGCAAAGGCUGCCAGUCCUCGGCUGCAGGGUGUUAAGGAAAUGUUCAAGAGCCCCAAGGUUAGCAAGGCCUCACCCAGGUUGGCCGGCAUCAAGGAGAUGUUCCGCGUGGACGAGCAGUCAACACCCAAGUUGACAGGAAUCAAGGAAAUGUUUGCCACUGGCGGUCACGUCAGUCCCAAAGUGGUCAACCUGAAGAAGAUGUUCAGCAACCUCAAAGCCGCGAACUCACCAAGACUCAGUGGUGUUCCAGACCUGUUCGCUGCUGCAGCUGCCGACGUUUCCACUCCUGUUUUGUUGAAAUUAGUGCGAAAGGCAAAGGCGACUCCUCAGGCCAGCGGCUCUGCAAAGAAGGGCAAGAUUACCACCCCUAAAGCUGAGACUCCACUUAAAGCAGAUACUCCAAUGCCGAAAGCAACUACCCCGAAGGCUGCCACUCCCAAGGUGGCUACUCCUAAGGUUGCAACUCCCAAAACACCAAUUUUGAAAGCCCGCACUCCAAAAACAAAGACACCGGAGAAGGAGACAGCCAAUGAUACCACUCCAACCAUUAUAAAGAAAACUGCUACUCCCAAGUCAGUGAGCCCAAAGAAGGUUUUGACGCCUAAAGUUGCCACCCCAAAGGCCAGAACCCCCAAGGGUACCACGCCCACAGCAUUCAAAAAGUCGAUCAGUCCAAAGAAGGCUGCCACACCUAAAAGGUCGGUGAGCCCGAAAAAGGUUGUCACUCCAAAGGUGAAGACACCAAUAGCAAAACCAGUCGCUACUCCAAAUCCAAGUGAGGUAGUGUCAGAGGAAGCUAAACUGAAGGUACUGUCGGCAAAGAAGACUCCCGCCAGUAAAGGCAGAGCAAAGGCCGUCAAGAAGAUCGCCUCACCAAAAACUACAUCGCCAAUCAAAAUGGCGGCUCUGAAGGCCAUCGCUUCACCUGUGAAACAGAAAGUAGUUGAAGAAGCAGUUGCAGAGGAGCCUACCACAAAAUCUCCUGCUAAGAGGAAGAGCGAGCUUGCCGAAGAAUUGCCAAGCGCUAAGAAGGCCAAAACACCAAGGACAACCAAGAAGGUCAUCUUUGAGACGCCUGCCAAGGAGUCCCCCGCGCCGACAAGGGCGAGGAGAGGCGCUGCAGCCAAACAACCGGCUGUUGAGGAGGCCAAGACUGCUAGCCCCAAGAAAUCCAGAGCCAGGGGUAAGGUUGCCGCUGAGCCGGAAGCAGCCAUUGUGGAGGUGGAGUCCCCAAAGAAGGCGGGUAAGGGCAGGGGAGCCAAAAGGGUGGCCGAUCCUGAGCCAGAGGUGGCAGAGUCCGCGCCCAAACGGGGCAGGGGAAGGGCCGCCGCCAAGGAAGAGACAGUUGCCAGCCCAGCUAAACCCACAAGGGCCACCAGAGGCAAGAAGGUCGUGGAGGAGGCCAAGGCAGAGACGCCCAAGAAGCCAACACGUGGCCGUGCUGCAAAAAAUGAAAAUGCGUCAAGCACCAAGGAAGCCGCCGCCGAGGUUGCCGAGAAUCCCGCACCUAAGAGGGCUGCUAGGAGCAAAAAGGCCGCUGCAGAAGUGCCAGAAGAGUCCAAUACCAAGAAGCCAACAAGAGGCAAGAAGGCCGUUGAAGAGGCCCCUGCCGAGCCCACUCCUAAGAAGGCUACAAGAGGCAAGAGGGCCGCCGCAGCUGUCGCAGAACUGGAGGUGGCCACUCCCAAAAAAACGCCUAAAAGAGGAGGUAGAGGAAAGCAGGCGGCCAUAGUGGAAGAGCCAGAAGAGGGAGUUGCUCCCAAGAGAGGCCGAGGCAAGAAAGCAGCUGUGCCUGAACCAGAGCCAGAGGUCAUCGCUCCCAAGAAGGGCAGGGGCAAAGCCACACCCAAGGAAGAGGCCGUCGCCACUCCAACACCCGCUAAGAGUUCCAGGGGCAAGAAAGUCAAAGCUGAAACGCAGCCCAAGGCAGCCAGCCCGAGAAAAGCAGACGCGGCCACGUCUCCUAGGAAAACGCGAUCUAGAAAGUGAGUGUGCAAAGUUCAGCGUUUUUCUGUAACGGCCGUGUAAUUAUAUGAAUUGUAAAGCAUCCGAAAUUGUGCUAUGUUGAUUUGCCUGCGUGUUUUAAUAAAAUGACUUACAUCGAAUUUGUACAAUGUUCCAAGUGUUCAUAGGGACUGGCUUUUUGGUGAAACUUUAUCUUGUACUCAUUGUUCAAUCAUAUGCCUUGGACUUUUUAUUUAAGUCAUUGUAUUUAGUUCAUUGAUGAAAAACAAAUUAACACAGACAGAUACUUUGCAUUUUACAUUCUUGAUAAAUAAAUACAUAACGUGAAUAUCAAAAUAA